UUGUUUAUCCCAGCCUUUCUUCGAUUCUCUAUUUUCUCAUUUAACAUUUGUUCGUUCUCAUUCCUUGCUUGUCGACAUAACAAUUGGUAAAUUCUGCCUCUUCUCUCUGAAGUGGCGGAAGAGAAGCCUGCGGUUGAUGAUUUCAAAGCCCUUGCCAUAGUUGAAAAGCCUGAAGAAAUUGAGGAGAGUAAACGUGAAGGAUCUAUGGGCAGAGGUACUCACUCUCACAGAUCUCAUUUUGCUGGAAAUUCUUGUCUUGUGAAGAGAGUGAGAAGUCAAAAGCAGAAAACAAGAUGCCAUCACUAGAUUUUUGUCUUGACUUGAUUCGAUAUAUUGAUCAAAACUUCGAAGGCCCUUCGCUUUUUCCUAAUCAGAUAAGUCGUUUGGAAGCAACAUAUCCGAUGCUCAUUACAAAGUUUGUUUUAUGCUGGGAUGAACAUAAGUGGUACUAAUGGGGAGGUUAUCCCAGGUUAGUGGGGGUUUCAAGUUGGUCCAAGUGUUGGGAUUAAAGCCGGAGACCACAUCUGGUGCGCAAGAUACCUGCUUGAGGGACUGGAACGGAGCAGAAUGUCACACCUAUUACAGCACCCUGAGCAUGAGAGAGGAAUUUCCAAGUGAACCAUCAGCGCAUGCGGAAAAGAGAAACGAGCGAAGGCUGACAGGAAAACACGAGACUGCCCGACCUGAAGAUUAUUCUACAAGAACAUAACGUUAUUUUGUUAUUAACUAAGUUUUAGAAUUUGCACUUAUACUCAAUAUUAUUAAACUUUGGUGUUAUGAGUAAUUUUGAGUAACUAACGAGUAUUCGAGUA